AUGAGAAAUGCACUUGUAAUUGGCUUUCUAAUACUUUGCAUUGCUUCGUCCAAUUUUAGUAUUGGGCGUGGCCUGACAACUUUUAAUGUGCUUGACUACGGUGCUCUUGGUGAUGGCAAAACUGAUGAUUCGAAAGUAACUUUCUUGAAAGCAUGGAAUGUUUCAUGCGUACAAACGCAAGGGAUAUCAUCAACACUUGAAAUACCAGCGAAUAAAACAUUCCUUUUACAACCUACCAAAUUCUCAGGCCCUUGCAAAUCUAGCUCUGUCCAUGUCCAGAUUUUGGGAAAAAUUGUGGCACCUAGCAAUCUGGAUGCAUGGAAAGAGUGCGGCAGCGAAUCAUGGCUAACAUUUUUAAAAGUGACCAACCUCAUCAUCAAUGGAACCGGAGAAAUCAAUGGGCAGGGUUCGCCAUGGUGGAGCAACGCUCUGCACUGUAACCAAUGUGACAAUCUUCAAUUGAGUGGACUUACACACCGUGACAGUCCAAAGGUACAUAGUAUUAACAAGUGCAAACAUAUUACUAUCUCUAAUCUUCAUAUUAUUGCACCGGAAAAUAGUCCCAACACAGAUGGAAUUGACAUCUCUGUGUCAUGCUAUGUCAAUAUUCAUGACUCCGUAGUUGGAACCCGUGAUGAUUGUAUUACAAUUAUUAAUGGCUCGUCUUAUAUAAAUAUCACCAACAUUGCAUGCGGACCAGGUCAUGGAAUUAGUGUGGGAAGUUUAGGUGAACAUGGAGCUUACGACACAGCAGAAGCGAUUCAUGUAAGAAAUUGUACUUUUAAUGGCACACAAAAUGGAGCUAGAAUUAAGACAUGGCAGGGCGGUUAUGGAUAUGCGAAGAAUAUAUCUUUUAAGCAAAUCAAACUAGUAGCAGCCAAAAAUCCGAUUAUCAUUGACCAACAUUAUUGUAAUGGUGGACAUGAUUGCAAAAAUUACACUUCGGCAGUUAGUGAGACUGAUGUCUCAUACAGUGAUUUUCAAAGAACUUCUGAAACUGAAGAAGCCAUUAAAUUUGAUUGCUCUGAGCCUCCAGGUUGUAUUAAUAUUGUUAUGGACCAAAUUAACAAUACUUCUGCAGUUGCUGGGAAGGAGGUUCAUGCCUUUUGCAUCAAUGUGAAUGGAACCUCCAAUGCAACUGUUCCUGUUGUCCCUUGUCUGAAAAAAUAA